ACACAGAGAGAGAGAGAGAGAGAGAGAGAGAGAGAGAGCAUGGCAACCACAGUGAUGUCUUCUUUGGUGUUGAAGCCAUCUUCAAUUGUAGUUGAGAGGGCUCAAGCUAAGGGACUCCCCUCAUUGGCACGGAGCCCGUCCUCUCUCAAUGUUCAGGCUAGUCGCACUAGGAAGAUCAAGACUACCACCCCCUACGGGCCUGGAGGAGGGAUGGAACUCCCAAGUGGUCUUGAUGCAUCGGGAAGGAAGGCUAAGGGGAAGGGAGUUUACCAGUUUGUGGACAAAUAUGGUGCAAAUGUUGAUGGCUACAGCCCAAUCUACUCACCAGAUGAAUGGUCCCCAAGUGGUGAUGUCUAUGUUGGAGGAAGCACAGGGCUGUUGAUAUGGGCUGUAACUCUCGCCGGGCUGCUUCUCGGCGGAGCGCUUCUUGUGUACAACACCAGUGCUCUGGCUCAGUAGAAAAAAAACUUAAAUAUGUAUGGUUUAGUUAUGUACUAAGGACGAUAACGCAUCAUGCUUGCUUAUCAUUAAGCUCGUGUUGAUACUGUCUCUCUCAUGUAUAAUCCUUUACGUCUUUAAACGUAAAAUCAUGGAACAAUUUGUAUAAUUUUUCGUGCGCAUUGUUUCUAUGCCACCAUUGUGAAGUAACAAUAAGCUCGAAAAAUGCUCAAAA